CAUGCUUCCGAACCAAUCAGGGAGAAGGUCGAGUGUGCUUUGCAGAGUUGCCGUGAGGCAGACCAUUUUCAAUUAUCAUUCAGUUGGAAAAAUUUCCUUGUGUGAGAAUUAGUUGUGUCAAGAUUCGUGUAACUGCUCUACCAUGGCACCGACGGGUGAAGUGGUGAUUGGCGAGGGGCGGGGCGCCUCCGCGGUGAACCGGCUGCGAUGGGACCUGAGCCCCCAGCAGAUUCACCAGCUGACUGAGCAGCUGAUGGAGGCGACCUUGCUGGUGUACGACAGGGUGGGGGCACUGGAGCUGGACUCGGUCACCUACGAGAACACCCUGAAAGAGCUCGCUGAUGUGGAGGUGGAGUACACAGUUCAGCGGAACAUGCUGGAUUUCCCGCAGCACGUGUCCUCCAGCAAAGACGUUCGCACGGCGAGCACGGACGCGGACAAGAAGCUGUCGGAGUUCGACGUGGAAAUGAGUAUGAGGGAGGACGUGUAUAAACGCAUCGUGGCUUUGCAGGGGAAGCCGGACACAGAAGCUCUGAGUCCGGAAGCUAAGAGGUACAUGGAGAGGCUGAUCAAGCUGGGGAAGAGGAACGGGCUGCACCUGCCCAAGGAGACUCAAGAGGAAAUGAAAAUGAUCAAGAAGCAGCUCAGCAACUUGUGUAUUGACUUCAGCAAGCACCUGAACGAGGACACCACCUGCCUGGAGUUUACCAGGGAGGAGCUGGGAGGUCUCCCCGAGGACUUCCUUGGUUCCCUGGACACUCAAGAGGACGGUAAACUGAAGCUCACUCUGAAAUACCCCCACUACUUCCCAACUAUGAAGAAGUGCCACGUCCCAGAGACCAGGAAGAAGCUGGAGAUGGCCUUCAACUCCAGGUGCAAAGAGACGAACUCCAGGAUCCUGAAGGAGCUGGUGCAGCUGCGAGCUCAGAAGUGCGCCCUGCUGGGGUUCAGCAGCCACUCUGACUUUGUGCUGGAGAUGAGCAUGGCCAAGAACAGCAAGAACGUGGCCCGCUUCCUCGAGGAGCUGGCGCACAAGCUGAAGCCGCUGGGGGAGGAGGAGCGAGCCGCCAUGCUGCUGCUGAAGAAGGCAGAGUGUGAGAAGCGUGGCGCCCCCUUCGACGGGCAGCUCCACGCCUGGGACACGCGCUACUUCAUGACCCAGGUGGAGGAGACGCAGUACGCCGUGGAUCAGAACCUGCUCAAGGAGUACUUCCCCAUGGAGGUGGUGACGCAGGGCCUGCUAGACAUCUACCAGGAGCUGCUGGGGCUGCGCUUCCAGCUGGAGGAGGGCGCCCCCGUGUGGCACGACGAUGUCAAGCUCUACUCCGUCAAGGACCGAGUCUCGGGACACACGAUCGGGCAGUUCUACCUCGAUCUCUUCCCCAGAGAGGGGAAGUAUGGCCACGCUGCCUGCUUCGGGCUGCAGCCCGGCUGUCGGCUCCCCGACGGGACCCAGCAGAUGGCAGUGGCCGCCAUGGUGGCCAACUUCUCCAAGCCGACGGUGGAUGCACCGUCUCUGCUGCAGCACGACGAGGUGGAGACCUACUUCCACGAGUUCGGCCACGUCAUGCACCAGCUCUGUGCAGAGACGCAGUUUGCCAUGUUCAGCGGGACCCAUGUGGAGCGCGACUUUGUGGAAGCCCCCUCUCAGAUGCUGGAGAACUGGGUCUGGGAGAAGGAGCCUCUGAUCAGGAUGUCCAAGCACUACAAGACAGGCAGCCCCAUCCAGGAGGAGCUGCUGGAGAAGCUCAUGAAGUCUCGGCUCGCCAACACGGGUCUCAUCAACCUGCGUCAGAUCGUGUUGGCGAAGAUGGACCAGGCUCUGCACACCGAGCCUGACUCGGACCCUGCCGAGGAGUACGCCCGGCUCUGCAAGGAAAUCCUGGGGGUGCCAGCCUCGCCAGGCACGGACAUGCCGGCCACGUUUGGUCACCUGGCUGGGGGGUAUGAUGCUCAGUAUUACGGUUACCUGUGGAGUGAGGUCUUCUCCAUGGACAUGUUUUACGCCCGGUUCAAACAGGAAGGCAUCAUGAACCCCAAGGUGGGGCUAGACUACAGGAACUGCAUCCUGAAGCCGGGCGGGUCUCUGGACGCAGAGGUCAUGCUGAAGAACUUCCUGGGUCGUGAACCGAAGCAGGAAGCAUUCCUUCUGAGUAAAGGACUGACCGUAGAGCUGGAGCAGGACAAACCUUGCGCCUGUUGACCCCUGAACCCCUCAGUCACCCUGGCAACCGCCAAGAGGGUUACCUUGGCAACUGCACAAGAGACUGAACUCCGAGAUUGUAUUUGAGAGAACACAACCCACUUUUACCCUCGGUUAUUCUGUGAGCUUUUAGGAGCCCUUGCUGUCUUUCGUUUUCUUUCUGAUUCGUUACAAUGGCUCUGAAAAUAACAUUCAAUCUAUUGAAACCACAAGAUUACUGUCCAAUGCAUUAAUUUGUUUAUUUAAACAGGAUUAACACAUCCUGGGUUUUAAUGGCUUAUUUAAUUACCUGCGAGCAACGGUUUACUAUAGUCCGAGCAUACUGAGUCCUGGACUGGUCAAGUCAACACACAGUAUCACCUUAAAUCCACUAUGUUGUGGGUUCACACACACACACACACACACACUAGUUACAGGGAUUGAAACUGGGAAAGGUUGAUGGUUGAUCAGACUUGUCAAGUUUGGAAUGUAUUUGUAAACCAAAGGAAGCCUGAGUUUGUAUUCUGAAAGCAUCUUUCCAUUUGGGAUUUUUUUAGGGACAUUUCUCCCGUCCCUGUUCUCCAGCUUCCCUCUCCCGUGCUUGUCUUUGGAAAUGAAUUCCUUCUUCACGCUGGCUUUACAUUUCCAUGGGUUCAGUUUUUUAAAAUUUAGAAACCUGAAUCCAAAUAAAGUGUUCUUCUAGUGUAGUUUUACUAGGGUUUGAAAAUACUCAAAGGUGUGACAGUCUUGAACUAUUCAGAGAGAAUAAUACAAAUAUGCAAAAGAUGAUUUUACAAAAUAGCACAAUAGCAGAUACUCUAUAAGAAGUUCCAUUCUGUGCUGUGGGAGUACCUGCAGUGCCUAAGACAGUUAUUGUUAAACUCUGCAUGCUGUUCAGGCUUGAUCAAAUCCUUGGGGCACUUUCAGAUUUUAUUACAUUGUGUGUGUUCAAAAGAAGAGCUUUUGCAUUGACGUUAAUGAGCUUGCAGUGAGGUUUAAAACAUAUGAUGGCAAAUCUGCCCCAUCCAGUCCCAAGUAUUUGUUCUAAAUUGUUUAGUUGCACUAAUUCCACCUCCACACAGGUCCUAAACUAGUCAAUCAUUUCAUUUACCUGCCAGUCCUGGAGUGGAAGGACCUGCCAGGGUUAACGCUGCUUUAAAACAUUCAAGGUUUGAGGGUUUUGUUUUUUUUUGCAGUUUAUUUAGGUCAUGUGUCAGAGUUUACAUCUCCGCAGCAAUGCCCCCCCAUCCCAUUCCUGACCGUCUUUGUAUUUGAUGCGUUUUGUUCCUGUCGGAGUGCAGUAACGACUGAAUGCCUGCGUGUGGUGCUGUUCUCUCAGAUUCUGUAAUGCAUUCAAUAAACUAAAGGGCGACGGGUACAAAAAAAAAUGAAUACUAAAUUGCAUUGGAUUAGUGAUUGACAAACACAUGUUACAAUAAAGUUUUUAACACAAUCACA